AUGGCAUCGCUCACCUCUCCCCCAAACGUCGAUGUACUUGUCAUUGGUGGCGGUAACGCAGGAUUCUGCGCUGCCAUUGCAGCUGUAGAGGCUGGAGCACAUCGGGUGGUACUCGUUGAAAAAGCACCAAAAGAAUGGGCUGGCGGAAACAGUUAUUUCACAGCUGGUGCUUUCCGAACAGUUCAUAAUGGCAUGCAAGAUCUACUACCUAUUGUCAACAAUGUAGAUCCUGAGACAUCAAAACUCAUCGACAUGGCGCCGUAUACCAAGGAGGAUUUUCGAAAGGAUAUGGAUCGUGUGUGUCUAGGGCGGUCAGAUCCAGCAUUGAACCAGGCAUUGAUCGACGACUCCAACGAUACAGUGAAAUGGCUUGCAAAGAACAGUAUCAGGUUUCAGCUAUCUUUCAAUCGUCAGGCGUACAAGGUUAAUGGCCGCUUCAAGUUCUGGGGCGGCAUGUCGCUCAUGACUGAGGAUGGCGGAAAGGGACUCAUUGCAGAUCACCAAGCUUCAGCUCAACGACACGGCAUCGAAGUGUAUUACUCCACACCCGCCAAGCGCAUCAUCACCUCCCCAUCCGGCGCCGUCACAGGAGUCCUGUUAGAGUACAAGAGCGUAGACACACUCAUAAACACCAACGCCGUAAUCCUAGCAGCAGGAGGCUUUGAAGCAAACCCACGCAUGCGUUCCCAGUACCUAGGUCCAAACUGGGACAUUGCACGAGUCCGCGGCACCCCAUUCAACACAGGCGAAGUGCUCGAAUUCGCCAUUCGCGACGUCAACGCCAAACAAGCUGGCAACUGGUCUGGCUGCCAUUCCACCUGCUGGGACGCCAACGCCCCUGCAAACAGCGGGGACCGUACAGUUUCAAACGAGUUUACAAAAUCUGGUUACCCGCUUGGUCUAAUGAUUAACAAACAUGGCGUGCGGUUCGUCGAUGAAGGUUUUGAUAUGCGCAACUAUACGUAUGCAAAGUUCGGACGCGCUAUCCAUGAGCAACCGGACGGAGUAGCUUUUCAGGUCUACGAUCAGCGCGCGAUUCCGUGGUUGCGCGAUGAAGAGUAUCGUGAUGAGCGUGUACAUAAGAUUUGGGGUGCUACGAUUGAGGAGUUGGCGCAGGAGCUCGCAUGGAGCGCGGGACUGGAUGCCCCAGUAGCCUUUGUCGAGAUGAUAAAAGAGUAUAACGACGCCGUGUAUGCGUCUCAAAAAGAAAAUCCAGAGAGGAAAUGGGAUCCUGCAGUAAAAGAUGGCCUAUCCACGCAGUCUCGGCUGAAGAAAUUGGCAUUGGCAAAAUCAAAUUGGGCAUUACCGCUUGAUCAGGGCCCUUUUAUGGCUGUGAAGGUGUGCUGUGGUAUCACGUUUACGUUUGGUGGGCUGGCUGUUAAUCCUGAGACGACGGCUGUUAUUACCUCGAGUGAGAAGGAGAUCUUGGGUCUCUUUUGCGCUGGCGAAAUGUUAGGUGGAUUGUUCUACGGUAACUAUCCUGGAGGUAGUGGGUUAACUUCAGGCGCGGUGUUUGGACGAAGGGCAGGUACUGCGGCUGCAAAGGUAGCGGCUACCAAACCUGUGGAAAAUGCUUCGUUGGAAGGAACGAUAUUUCCUGCGCGUUUGUAG